AUGGUGCAUUCAAUGUUCGUUGUUGUAGUAAUUGUGACUAUAUAUGUUGUUGUAAUGCUAUUGCGAUACAAGAAGCUUAAACCACUUAACGUUGCAUUACUGGUGUUGGUAAUACUUCUUGUGUAUCAACUUUAUGGACUAACAGCAUCAAAUGAUAACGGUUACCGUAUUGAGAAACCAAAAGGUAAUUCUGAGCAGCGGAUAGCUCAUAUUCUUCUAGAAGCUGCGUACUGUGGUAUCAAUGAAGACAGCUUGCAGACAAUUGAGCGGUCGCUAUUGUGCCAAACCUGUAGAAUAUUCAACCAAGAACAACGCACAAUAUUCAGAUAUCAGUUAAGGUUACAACCAAAUAGUUCAUCGGAUAUGUUGGUGAUGGCGAAGGACAAUGUUUAUUUCAACGAAAGCAUCCAAUUCCAGAAGUCACCAUUGGUAGGAAAACAUUUUAAAAGCUGCAGUGUUGUUGGUAACAGUGGAAUUUUACAAAAUAGCGACUGCGGAGCGGAAAUUGAUAAGAGUGAUUACAUAUUUAGGUGCAACAUGGCUCCAAUCAAACCGUUUGGGAAAGACGCAGGGUAUCGCAUGCAUUUUACUACUAUGAAUCCAAGUUUACUUAAAAACAGAUACAACACAUUUGACAGAAUUCAAAACAUAAGUGAUUUCCGUGAAGACACGUCCAGACAAACAGGUUUGAUAUGGAUUCCUGUAUUUGGGGACAACUACUGGACAAGAACAUGCUUCAGGGCUUAUCACCACCACCGGACAACCAACUCGAAAAUAGUUUUCGGUCAUCCGGAACAUUUCAAAGCUAUUUGGAGAUUUUGGGAGAAAAGAGGCCUACAGACCUGGCCAUCAACAGGAUUCUAUUUAGCAACGACAGCUUUAGACCUUUGCGAUGAAGUUCAUCUAUUUGGUUUCUGGCCAUUUCAUAAACGAUAUUACCCUGAACCACAUGACGUGAAAUAUCACUAUUACGAGCACUUGCCUUGGGCCAAAAAGCACAAUAUGACAUCUGAAUUCCAGUUACUAUGGCAACUGCAUAUGGACGGCAUUCUUAAAAUUCAUAUUGGCAGAUGCCAACAAUAAAAUGCAACAUGAAAGUAGUCUUCUUAUUGCCAUAU